CAUGAGCACCACAUUUCUGCAGACUUCAUCCUCCACCUUUGGGGGUGGCUCUACCCGGGGGGCUUCCCUCCGGGGAGGGAGUCUCUAUGGGGGAGGUGGAGGCAGAAGCGUCUCAGCUUCUUCUGCUAGAUUUGUCUCCUCAGGGUCAGGAGGGGGAUAUGGGGGCGCCAUGAGCUGUGGCUUUGGUGGAGGGGCUGGUGGUGGCUUUGGUGGUGGCUUUGGGGGUGGCCUUGGGGGUGGCUUUGGUGGAGGUGUUGGAGGUGGCUUUGGCGACUUUGGUGGUGGUGAUGGUGGCCUUCUCUCUGGCAAUGAGAAGUUUACCAUGCAGAACCUCAACGACCGGCUGGCCUCCUACCUGGACAAGGUGCGCGCCCUGGAGGAGGCCAACACCGAGCUGGAGGCGAAGAUCCGGGACUGGUACCAGAAGCAGAGCCCGACCAGCCCGGAUCACGAUUACAGCCACUACUUCAAGAUCAUCGAAGAGAUCCGGGAUAAGAUCCUGGCAGCCACCAUUGACAACUCCCGUGUCAUCCUGGAGAUCGACAAUGCCAGGCUAGCAGCGGAUGACUUUAGACUCAAGUAUGAGAACGAGCUGGCCCUGCGCCAAAGCGUGGAGGCUGACAUCAACGGCCUGCGCAGGGUGCUGGACGAGCUGACCCUGGCCAGAGCCGACCUGGAGAUGCAGAUCGAGAGCCUGAAUGAGGAGCUGGCCUACCUGAAGAAGAACCAUGAGGAGGAGAUGAAGGAGUAUGGCGGCCAGCUGGCGGGCCAGGUCAACGUGGAGAUGGACGCAGCACCAGGCGUGGACCUGACCCGAGUGUUGGCUGAGAUGCGGGAGCAGUAUGAGGCCAUGGCAGAGAAGAAUCGUCGGGACGUCGAGGCCUGGUUCUUCAGCAAGACGGAGGAGCUGAACAAGGAGGUGGCAUCCAACACGGAGAUGAUCCAGACCAGCAAGACAGAGAUCACAGACCUGCGACGUACUCUCCAGGGGCUAGAGAUUGAGCUGCAGUCCCAGCUCAGCAUGAAAGCGGGCCUGGAGAAUUCCCUGGCAGAGACAGAAUGCCGCUAUGCUACGCAGUUACAGCAGAUCCAGGGGAUUAUCAGCAGCCUGGAGACCCAGCUGAGUGAUCUCCGCUGUGAGAUGGAGAAUCAGAACCAGGAGUACAAGAUGCUGCUGGACAUCAAGACACGGCUGGAGCAGGAGAUCGCCACCUACCGCAGCCUGCUCGAGGGCCAGGAUGCCAAGCUGGUUGGCUUCGGCACCAGGGAAGCUUCCCUGGGAGGUGGUGGCGGAGGCAGCAGCAGCAGCAAAGUCCGCAUCAACGUAGAGGAAUCGGUGGAUGGGAAGAUUGUGUCUUCCCACAAGAGAGAAAUCUAA